GUGUUUUUCUUUUCAGAAAUGUCUCUUGUCAAGCAGAAUCUUCACCCGAAUAAUGAGGCAAACAUCAACAAACUGAUCAACCUCAAACUGACGGCCUCAUAUGUGUAUCUUUCCCUGGGAAUGUAUUUUGACAGGGACGAUGUGGCUCUGCCCAACUUCUCAAAGUUUUUUCUGGAGCGUUCACUGAAGGAGAGGGAUCAGGCGGAGAACCUGCUGGAGUAUCAGAACACAAGAGGAGGACGAAUCCUUCUCCAAACCAUCUCGAAGCCCAGUCGUGAUGACUGGAGAGGAGGUCUGGAUGCUAUUACUUUUUCUUUGGAUCAUCAGAAAUCUCUCAAUCAAUCCCUGCUGGAGGUCCAUCAAGCAGCUGGAGAAAACUCUGACCCUCAUCUGUGUGAUUUCCUAGAGAGCAACUUCUUUACUGACAGUCAUGACACUAUUAAGACCCUGGGUGACUAUGUUGGCAGUCUGAGUCGCCUCGUCUCUUCUGACCCACACGGCAAAAUGGGAGAGUACCUAUUUGACAAGCACACUCUCUGAUCCACUCACAUCUGAUGAGUUUGGCUGCCAACAAACAGUACAUGUACAAGUUAAUUGGUUUAAGGAUUUCUGCACAAAUUUUUUAUUUCAGUAUUUUUGCCUUUCAAGAGGCAAUUCUGUAAGAAUCACACAGUGUUCAAAGAUGGUACUUUGGUGUUCAAGCCUUAACUAUCUCAUGUCUGUUUACAAAAUGUAUAGGUGCUAGUGU